UUUUGGCUUCAUUUUUGCACAAUAGGAGGAGGCGGAGUCGCAUCGUCCAUGUUUUCUACAGUCAAUGGACGAAGCGGACUGAACUCCGGGGAGAGAGACAAACUUAAGUAUCGAUCCCAUCACGUUAGUGUAGAUCUGUCUGUAUCGAUGCUUGUAUCGAUCCGUCCAGUCUGAGUUGAAGCAGCAAUGAGUUCAGCUCAGUAUCUGAGAGAGUUCAUCAAGGAGAGACUAACUGCUGUUUGUGAAGAAAUCUUCUCAGAAGUUCAAAAAACCAUCGUCCAGUAUGAGGAGGAGAUCAACCGUCAGCACAGACUGCUGGAUAUCAGCCGGAAACCCGACAGAAACUCACACAUCAUAGACCUCCCACAAAAUCAUGACUGUAAUGAAGAGGAGGGUCUGGAUGAGCAGCAGGUCUGUAACCAGGAGAAGAACUCCAGUCCGGACCAGGAGGACCCAGAGCCUCCACAGAUUAAAGAGGAACAGGAGGAGCUCUGCAGCAGUCAGGAGGUAGAGCAGCUUGGACUGAAGCAGGAGGCUGAAGGCAUUAUUGUCUGGACUGAUGAAGAGCAGCUCAGACAGAUGGAGACCAUCUGCAAACCUGUGAUAAAUUUACACAGAAUAGACCUCCAACAGCAGGAUGUCUCUGAAAAGGACGAGGUUCUCACAGACCAGCAGGUCUGUAACCAGGAGAGGAACACCAUUCUGGACCAGGAGGACCCAGAGCCUCCACGGAUUAAAGAGGAACAGGAGGAGCUCUGCAGCAGUCAGGAGGGAGAGCAGCUUGGACUGAAGCAGGAGACUGAUACUUUCAUGGAGACUCGAUCUUAUGAGGAAAGUGACCACAGUGAGCAGCUUCUUUCUCACAGCUCCCCUGAAGGAGAGAGCCGAGAUCAUGAUGAAAAUGGGCAUGUGGAGUCAGGAUCUACUAGAAAUACAGAGCUGAAGAAGAGACGUCACAGGAAGAGAAGUCACAGACAGAGAGUAGACAACACUGCUGUGUCAGAGAGUGAGAGUAAACCUGUCUCAAGGAAAAAGUCUCUAGAAUGUGAGACCUGUGGAAAAACCUUUGGGCAUAAAUUUGAGCUGACUAUACAUCUGAGAGUUCACACAGGCGAGAAACCGUACACUUGUAACACCUGUGGAAAGAGAUUUUCUCACUCAUCAGCAUUAAGAAGACACAGCAGAAUUCACACAGGUGAGAAGCCGUAUUCCUGUAGCACCUGUGGAAAAAAAUUUAUUCAGAAAUCAAUUUUGGACUGUCAUGAAAGAAUUCACACGGGUGAGAAACCAUAUACUUGUACCACGUGUGGAAAAAGAUUUUCUGACUUAUCAGCAAUUAAAAAACACAGGAGAAUGCACACAGGUGAGAAACCAUAUUCAUGCGGGAUCUGUGGAAAAAGAUGUAGUCAGAAAGCAGCAUUGGAAUCUCAUGUAAGAACUCACACAGGCGAGAAGCCGUAUUCUUGUAGCACCUGUGGGAAAAGAUUCACUCGGAAAUCACUUUUGAACUGUCAUACAAGAACUCACAAAGGUGAGAAGCUGCAUUCUCGUAGCACCUGUGGGUCAUAGCAGUGUGAUGGUGGUAGUGCUUACACUGUCAAGUCGCUGCAACAACUGAUUGGAGAGAUGAUUCAUAUUCAAGCCAGUAUUUUCUGCUAUUUUAGGUUCUUUACAGUUUAAAGCGUCUUGACAGAACUGUCAUUGUGAUUUUGUGCUUUAUAAGUAAAACUGAAUAAAAUUGGAUUGUCUAGAGGAGUGAAGAACUCUCAUCA